AUGGAUAAUACCAGCCCCACCGAUUACAAGAAACUCUUUUUGCAGGCCGAAGAGCGUCAGAGACAGGAAGAGGAGAGACGGAAGCAGGCCGAAGAGCGAGAGAAGCAGCAAAGGGAGCGCAACCAACGAACGACAUUUGCAGAACUCUUACGCUUCUGCCACAGCUUACUUUCCCGACCAUUGAGAGUCGAAACACCAUCUCGCUCGACUACAGGGAGCAUACCUCCUCCCACCGGAAAAUACUGUCCCACACGACUAGCACUAUGGACCGAUUGUUCAGCUCGACAGCAGAAAAUAUACAGCUCUGUGUGCAACUACCUCCAGGCAACCGAGGAAGCCCGAGCACGAUUGUUUACCCCCUUGAUUGCGCUUGAAGAGGAUGCCAGACGAUUCGGUCUCCGUCCAAUUAGCAGUGAACAAGGUCUUGAGAACUACGAACGAAUCGCCGUGGAAGAUCAUGUCCGUGAUAUAAUUGCAGAGCUAUGCAAAAUCGACGCUGCCCGAGACGAGUUCGGACUUGGAGAUGGAAUCUGGUUCGACAAUCACACCAACUCUUUCAAUCCACGCGGCGGUAACGACGCAAAUGCAAGCCAACCAUCAGGCAUACAUCACCCCCGACCCGAUCAGUUCUGUAUCCACCGAGUCGAUGGCAACACUAAUACCCUCCUCACUACGGUUGAAUACAAGCCGCCCCACAAGCUUUCUGUCGAAGCCCUUCGCGUGGGGCUCAGGGAAAUGGACUUAUGGAAAUGCAUGGUCAGAUCAAACAAAAUCACGACGGAUCACGCAGAGAAAUUGAAAUACAAUGCAGAGCGACUCGUGUGCUCCGCUAUAGUCCAGGAAUACCAUGUGAUGAUCCAGGAGGGACUCGAGUACUCUUAUGUCACUAAUGGGGUCGCUCGUGUCCUUCUCCGCGUUCCAUACAACGAUCCUAGCACAUUGUACUACUUUCUCUGUGAUCCCAACAGCGAACAAAGUCCCCAAGAGCCGACGACCUCCAUCGCGAGGGUUCUGUGUCUGUGUUUGAUGGCGUUCCGUUCGCCAGUUCGUGACCAGGAAUGGAGAAAUACUGCACAGUCGCGGCUUCCUUUGUGGACAACUAGCUUCGAUUACGCUCGUUCUCAGAUUCCUAAGGAGGUCUUACAGCAAAUCGCUCCGCACUCUGACAGUACCAACUCCGAAUAUGUAAGUCCAGAGCCAAGUUCAGACUACCAACCAUCAUCGCCUCCACUGGAAUCUCCAACAGCGGGCCGCCGAGUGCCCACGAGGUCUCAAGCCAGCUGUGCGCCCUCGGAUGUCCGACACCGGACGCAGUCGCCAGAAUCAUCAGGCUCCGACUCGAAUCAAGCGACCGGACGCAAACGGGGCUUCAGCCAGGUCACAUCUUCCCCUUCCGCCCAACGAGCCGCUCGUCAACGCGAAACUGGGAAAGAUCAAGGCAGCCAUUCUAAACGCCAUAAUACACAAUUUUGCACCCAGCGAUGUUUAUUAGGGCUGCAGACGGGAGGUUUCCUAGACGACUGUUGUCCAAACGUGAAGCUCCAUCGUCGGGGUCAGGAUUUCAUCAAACACCCCAUCAACUCGGAGGAUUUGAUGCGUUUACUAAAAGCACAACUGGAUGAAAACAUUGACCGGUGCAUCCCCCUUGGGAAUUGCGGGGCAUACGGUGCACCGUUUAAACUCAUUUGUGCUACAUAUGGCUAUGUUGUUAUUGGGAAAGGGACCACAUCGGGCCUCUGGAAAGAAGUCUCCCGCGAAGCGCAGGUAUAUGAAAUCCUGCGGAAGGCUCAAGCAUCCGCUGUGCCUGUUUUCCUCGGUACAAUCGACUUAGCAAAAAUUUAUUUUCUUCAUGGGGCUGGAGAGAUUCGUCACAUGCUCGUCAUGAGCUGGGGAGGCGAUAGCACUGCAACGAUGGAACUGACACCGGAGCUUCUCAAACAUAUUCACAAAUCGAACAAGGAAAUUAAAGCCUUGGGAAUCUUCCACGAAGACCUUCGGCCUGACAAUGUCCUUUGGAAUGAAGAGCUCAAGCGGGCGCUAAUCAUCGACUUUCACCGAUCUACAUUGAGAUGUCGGCAAAUUCCAAAGCGACCACGAGCAAAGCGACAAUUGUUGCGAACCGAGUCAGGAGAUGCAAAGCGUUUACGUGUUCUUUGA